AUGAGACUGAGGGGGCAGUAGGUUAUGAAUGAUCCAGUGGUGUAUUAGACUGGUGUAGUGGUGGAUCAUUUAAUGCCGAGUCCUUGGGAUUAUUCCAUCAAGACAUUGCACAGAGGAUGCCAGUGUUUGCACAUACAGCUACAAGCCUCAGUUAUGAAACACAGACACACACACCCCUACUCAUAAAUAGCAGACACACUCACCCAUUUUCUCACACAAUGGGUGUUUUGGACUUUAGUCACAUACACAAAUACUGGAUGUGCAAUUCCAAAAUUGCAAUAUUAUGGCACUAGACUGUGAACCCCACAUACACACCUAUCCACGCACACACACACACACACACACGCACACACACACACACACACACACACACACACACACACACACACACACACACACACACACACACACACACACACACACACACACACACACACACACAGACAGACACAGCCCUUCACCUGACACACCCUUGCUGGCCUAGGGGUGGAUAGCACACAGCACAACUGGGAGAGAGAGAGAUUACCAGGUGAGUCACAGACAUGCAGUUUCAUGCUCUAAGUAUGGGCACAGACACACACACACACACACACACACACCGAUUCACUAUUAAAUUAGCUGACUAUUCAGGGGAAAUCUACUCACGACUUCUCAAAUGCAUAAUAGUGACAGUGAAAGGUACAUGGAGCUGUGCUGUAGUUCACUUCGUCCAAGAUAAAGAUCAAGAUCCAUAUUGAAAAUCCAUAUUGAAUGCCAGUGGCUGUGAGUCAGUGUCUUUUACCUAAAUAGCAUUCUAUUCCUUACAUAGUGCAGCCCUUUGGGCCCAGGUCAAAAGCAAUGUACUAUAGGGAAUAGGGUUCCAUUUAGGACUCUGUCAGUGUGUUGUGCGUUUGAUGGACAUUGCAUGUCUUCACUGGGGCCCCCUGGAUUGCCGUGACUCCCAGGCUGGCAUGAGUUGUUCAUUAUUCAGGAGAUCGACUGUGUUUUUGUGAACAGAAAUGUGGUUAGGAUUAGGCAUGGUGGCCAACGUGGACAGAAUGCUAAGGAAAUGCAUCUGUAAGAUAUGAAGAUAAAAAACCACAUGUUUGUUGUAGCCUAUGGGCAGGUUUGGGCAUCGUUUGGGGGUGGUUACAUCCUUGUGCUCAUUGCAUGCUGUUGCCUGAUGUGAGGAUUGUGGGUAAUUGUGAUGUAGGAGACAUCAAAUUGGGAGGGGCAGUAAUUGCGCAUGCAUAUGAAAGAUAAUGAUGAAUAGAAUGUAGGGAGGGCAAUUAUUUUGUUGAUAGUUCCUCGUCUGUCUUAGGCUGGAUGAAGAAGAGUAUAUCUUCCUUGUACAGAGGGAGGUAUGAGUACCUAUUCUCGUUUGGGUAUAGUUCCAUCAUUGUGCGAGGCUUGUGCUCAGGGCACGCUGUUGCCUGCAGUGAGGAUUGUGGGUAAUUGUGAUGCAGGAGACAUCAACCUGGGAGGGGUAGUACUUGCGCCUGUCAUUGCUCCUCCUAGGACACCGGGUUGAAUUUAGGAAGGAAUGCAAUUGCUCUAAUCAGAUUAUGCAGAAAAAUCUGAAUCAUCUAUAGAGAGAAUGUUGACAAUGUCAAAGAGACACAUACAAUGAUAGGGAUGACCAGCACACAUGGUCCGGUUUGGACCGGUCUGGUCCGGUCUGGUCUGGUCCGGUCCGGUUUGGUCUGGUCCGGUCUGGUCCGGUUUGGACCGGUCUGGUCCGGUCCGGUCUGGAGGCCUUUCACGUUUGUUUUCAGUACUAUUUCAGUAGUGUUUGUUUAGGAUGUUUUAUGUGUUUUGGUUAGAAGGAUAGAGAGAUGUAGGGACUCUGUUUCAGAUAUGCUAUCUUCAUCUUCAGGGGAUUUUUAUUAUUGAAUCAGGGUUAUAUGAGAAAAUCAUAUCUAAUUUGCCAUGUAACUUUUAUGUUGGUAGAAUAUCACACAUUCUUUAUAUUUAUUAUCGUAUCUAUCUGUUUAUUAUUGUCUAGUAAAAAUGAAAGGAUCUUCUUUAGAGGACAUUAUGUCAUCAAUGGUCUUGAAAUGUGAGUUUAUAGCUCCCAUAUAUCAUUAUAACAUUCUGUUUUAAUCUUUAUGACUGCCAGUCAGUGGUCCUGCUAGGGCCCUGUUCUGUGGGGCAGGUAGGUGCCAUACUAUCAGCUCAACAAGGCUGUCAUGUUGGUUGGUCCUGCUAGGGCCCUGUUCUGUGGGGCAGGUAGGUGCCAUACUAUCAGCUCAACAAGGCUGUCAUGUUGGUUGGUCCACAGAGAUCUGUCUGUGUGUGUUGUGUUCUCAACAAUGCUAACCUCACAUGUUGCAAGAUCCACAGUUAUCAAGUGGAUAAUCUGUCCUAAUCUCUGAAUGUCCCUGUGUGUGUCCUCGUAAGUGAUGCCAACGACACGGAUGUGCUGUCGGACUCUGAGUCGGAGCUGGGCGGUCUAGAGCAGCUGGAGAGAGGCAGCACGGACACCCUGUCCAACGGUUGCCGUGCCGACUGUAACGCCGCCAAACGCCUGGCCAAGCGCCUGUUCUACCUGGAGGGCUUCAAACGCUGCGAUGUGGCACGCCACCUGGGCAAGAAGUGGGGUUUCAGGCAUACACACACACAAGACCACACACACAAGACCACACACACAAGACCACACACACACACUGUCAUUCAGUCACACAUGUAUAUGUCUCACAGUGUUUAUAUUGUACUAUAUGUAUUUUAUAUCAUCUUAAACUUCACCCCUCUCUCUCUCUCUCUCUCUCUCUCUCUCUUUCUCUCUCUCUCUCUCUCUCUCUAUCGCUCCCCAUCCCUCCUCCCUCUGUCCAUCAUCCAGUAAUGAGUUCAGCCAGCUGGUGGCGUCAGAGUACCUCAGCUUCUUUGAUUUCUCUGGCCUGUCAUUGGACAAGGCCCUGAGGUAAGACCAGUCAGCCCAGUCAGCACUAUUCUCACAGCCCUGCUCACAACACAUUAGCCUAUCGUUGAUUUUUGAGUAUAGAGCUCUAUUUUGCGAUACAGUCAACUGUCAACUCCUGGUAUACAGUAUACCAUGAUUUGGGACUGUCUUAAAUGCAUGUAUUAAACCACAGCAUGCAGAUAUCCAGAGUAAAUGAACAUGUUUGUAUUGGGAGCGGUGAACCACAGAGUUUCCACUGUACUGUACUGUACUAGUCUACUGUAGCCUUACUCUUACGUCGCCAUUAGCGAUUUCCAAAAUAAACUUGAGGAAGCCUAGAAAUGGAGGUUGUAGCUUAUAGCCUAUAUCACUGUACGGACAGAUACACUGCAUUCUAGCCUGAAAUCAAUACUGCCUUCUCAUUCGUUGGUCUUUGACCUAAUUCUCAGGAACUUCCUGAAAGCCUUUCCUCUGAUGGGGGAGACCCAGGAGAGAGAAAGGAUCCUGGUCCACUUCUCUAAGAGGUUCUGUGUCUGCAACCCCACAGCCCUCGCCCCCGAAGGAAAGGACAUAUCCAAACGGAAUGAUGAUGAUGAUGAUGAAGAUGAUGGUGAUGAUGAUGAUUAUUAUAAUUAGGGUGUUGGGGAGGCUUGGGAAGACUAUGAUGAGGAUGAGGAUGACGACGAUAACAGCUUUGUUGCCUUGAAUGAAAAACCAGUGCCGGCUCUUGCCACUAAGCGACAUAAGAGGACGCUUAGGGCCCCAUGGCUGCUAGGGGGCCCCCGACCCCCCUUCCUUUUCUUAGGAAGUCAGAAUAGUAGAACACACAAGGUGCAAUUUCAAAAUUUGGUAGUGCAUCAGCAGUUUUUUUUUCUUGUUAUGUCAGUCAUAGACAGUCACUCAAUUAGCCCAUGUCAGCUAACAUUUUAUAGAUUACUAGGUAAAUUAGUCUAGCCAGCUAUCUAAACCUCAUUGCCAAAUUACUGACCGGGUAUGCAAGGCACGUGCCCAGGGUCCCUGACCUCCAGGGGGCCCCCAUUGACUUUGUUAGUCAUGCUCACUCAGAUAGCAUAUUAACAAGACAUACAGUGCCUUCAGAAAGUAUUCACACUCCUAUACUUUUUCCACAUUUUGUUGUGUUACAAAGUGGGAUUAAAAUUGAUUUAAUUGUCAUUUUUUGUCAAUAAUCUAUACAAAAUACUCUGUAAUGUCAAAGUGGAAGACAAAUUCUAACAUUUGUAAAAAACAAACAAAAAACCCACACAUAUCUCUAAGAGCUUUGCACACCUGGAUUGUACAAUAAAUUCAUUAUUCUUUUUUAAAUUCUUCAAGCUCUGCCAAGUUGGUUGUUGAUCAUUGCUAGACAGCCAUUUACAAUUAUUGCCAUAGAUUUUCAAGCCAAUCUAUGUCAAAACUGUAACUAGGACAUUCAGCGUCGUCUUGGUAAGCAACUCCAGUGUAUAUUUGGCCUUGUAUUUUAGGUUAUUGUCCUGCUGAAAGGUGAAUUUGUCUGUUGGAAAGCAGACUGAAGCAGGUUUUUCUCUAGGAUUUUGCCUGUGCUUCCCUCUAUUCCGUUUAUUUUUAUAAUAAAAAACACUAGUCCUUACCGAUGACAAGCACACCCAUAACAUGAUGCACCCACCACCAUGCUUGAAAAUAUGAAGAGUGGUACUCAGUGAUGUGUUGUGUUAGAUUUGCCCCCAAACAUAACGCUUUUUAUUCAGGACAUAAAGUUAAUUUCUUUGCCACAUCUUUUGCAGUUUUACUUUAGUGCCUUAUUGCAAACAGGAUGCAUGUUUUGGAAUAUUUUUAUUCUGUACAGGCUUCCUUCUUCUCACUCUGUCAAUUAGGUUAGUAUUGUGGAGUAACUACAAUGUUGUUGAUCCAUCCUCAGUUGUCUCCUAUCACAGCCAUUAAACUGCAACUGUUUUAAAGUGACCACUGGCCUCAUGGUGAAAUCCCUGAGCGGUUUCCUUCUUCUCUGGCAACUUAGUUAGGAAGGACGCCUGUAUCUUAUUAGUGACUGGGUGUAUUGAUACACCAUCUAAAGUGUAAUUAAUAACUUCACCAUGCUCAAAGGGAUAUUCAAUGUCAGCUUUUUUUUUUUACAAUCUACCAGUAGGUGUGAGGCAUUGGAAAACCUCCCUGGUCUUUGAGAUUGAAUCUGUGUUUGAAAUUCACUGCUCGACUGAGGGACCUUACAAAUAAUUGUAUGUGUGGGGUACAGAGAUGAGGUAGUCAUUAAAAAAUAAUGUUAAACACAAUUCUUGCGCACAGAGUGAGUCCAUGCAACUUAUUGUUACUUUUUAAGAAAAUGUUUACUCCUGAAUUUAUUUAGGCUUGCCAUAACAAAGGGGUUGAAUACUUAUUCACUCAAGACAUUUCAGCUUUUCAUUUUUAAUUAAUUAGGAAAACAUUUCUAAAAACAUAAUUACGCUUUGACAUUAUGGGGUAUUCUGUGUGACAAAAAAAUCUCCAUUUAAUCAAUUUUAAAUUCAGGCUGUAACACAACAAAAUGUGGAAAAAGUUAAGGGGUUUGAAAACUUUCUGAAGGCAUUGUAAGUCAUGGCAAAAUGUGUAUAAAGAAAUAUGCUUUAAAACGGCAACAUUUUCUCUACGCCCCAUGGCAAAAUGUGUAGAAUUGCAGGACAUUAACAUUAGAGUUUCUCUUCGUCAUCAAGAGGUGGGCCACUAAAAAUGUUUUGCCCGCAAGGUGGGGCUGCCCCCAACCAAAUCUCGCUUAGGGCCCCCCAAAAAACAUUUAAAAAAACAAUACAUUUCUUACAUUUACAUUUUGAAUAGCAUAUUAUAAAGUAUUCUGCCAGGUAUUGUUGAGACUUCAAAAUAUAAAAUAGUCAUCCAUGACAUUUAGAUAACAACAUUGAAAAACAUGUUUUCUUCUUCCAACAGACGGAGCCCAUACGUUAACCUGCGCCCUGAUGCUGCUCAACACUGAUCUACAUGGACACGUAUGUACAGCUCUGUUAUCAAACCUACAAUCUGUGGAGGGAGAUGGAUGGAAAUCAAUGUACAGGCAGGAUCCCCCAGAAAUACUCAUAAAUCCUAUUUGACAUACAGCAUACUCACACACCAACACUAUUGACAUAGAAAAACCUACUGUAGUCGACUCAUUUUAUUUAUAUUUUAUGCUUGGCUGUCUUUCAGAAUAAGAAUAAUCCCCCCCCCCCCCCUUUAAGCCAGGCAACACCUGUUUAGAAGUGAUGUGCUGCAUCAACAAUAGCUUCUCUCUCUCGCUCGCUCUCUCUCUCUCAAUCUCCAUCUCUCUUCUGUCCUCUGUCCUACUUUUUUGCCUCUUCACCUCUGCUCCUUCUGUCUCCUCUUUCUGUCUCCUCUUUCUGUCUCCUCUUUCUGUCUCCUACUACUAAAUACCACAGUAUACUAACUCUUAUCCAGUGUUAAUUUAACACGCGCUCUCACAAUUUAACUCUCUGUUCUUGUAUGUAUACUAACAGAUCCUCUCCUGCAUCUAACGCACUCUCUCUCCCUCCUUCGGUUAUUCACCUCUCCUCUCAUUCCAUCUAUCCUCCUGGGUUCUGUCUGAUCUCUGUGUAACCUCUGGCUGUCCUGCUCCGUAGGUGGUAAGUGGCCUUUAGCACUAACCUCUUCUGUGUCUCUCCAUAAACAGUACACAGUAUAUCUGUGGCUGUAAUGUAACCAAUGAACACAUAGUGCACGAUGAGGAGAAUAGCUAGUGCCCUACCUGCACAGCACUGACACCUAGUGGUAAAUAUAUUUGAAGGUUUCUCAACAGAUACAGUAUUUAGCUUUAAUUCUCUGUGUGGUUUUGUUUCUCUUGUCCAGAACAUUGGGAAGAAGAUGUCUUGCCAGCAGUUCAUCAGUAAUCUGGAUAGCCUAAACGACGGUAAAGACUUCCCUAAAGACCUAUUAAAGGUACGGUAAUCAACGCUAGGACAAUAUUGCUAAUGUAAUAUUUGGUCAGAUUCCAAGUUUGGCGUUACUCUGAAGUUCAUCCAGUUCAAUCAGGUGUAAUGUGAGUUUUCUCUCCCACCAUUUUGAUUUCUUCACUUCCUCUUCCUGUUUAGGUGCUGUAUAAUUCAAUAAAGAACGAGAAGCUUGAAUGGGCAAUGUGAGUAUCCAUUCUCAGGUGUGUGUGUGUGUAUGAUGCGCGUUCGUGUGUGCACGUGCGUGUGUGCACGUGCGUGUGUGUGUCCUAUGUUAUAUCUGAUGUAUGAUGUAUUGCAGUGAGGAAGAGGAGUUCAGGAAGAGUCUAUCGGAGCUGGUGGAGGAGCAGUGUGAGGGAGGGGGGAAGAGGGGGGUUGCCAGGGUAACAGAUGGCAAUAACCCUUUCAUCGCCAUCCCCAUCCUACUCAACGCUGUCACCUAUAAACAUGGUGUCCUGACCCGCAAGAGCCACGCAGACAUGGACGGCAAACGCAGUGAGGACACACACACACACACACACACACACACACAUAGAUUGGCUUAGGCUAGGUUGAAAGGGGAUUUCUUAGAGCGUGAAUCUUCAGUUAUUGGGAUUUAAACAACGUUAGAAAUAACGGUUGUCUCACUCUCUCUUCUCUCCCUCUCUCUCUAGCCCCACGAGGACGGCGAGGCUGGAAGAAGUUCUAUGCGGUUCUAAAGGGGAUGAUCCUUUAUCUCCAGAAGGUACCAGAUACCUCUCCGUUACCAUAGAAACAGACUUCUACCACUGCAGUAGUGGUGACAAGGGGAUGCAGCAGUGGUAGCUCAGCUGCAUGUGUGUGUGACACUCUCUGUCCCCCCCCCCCCCCCCCCCACACACACACACACACACACACAGUAGUAGGAGCUAUCUGACAACUUUAUAUGUGUAUGUCUCCCCCUGUUGACAGGAUGAGUAUAAGGCUGAUGCAGAGCUGUGUGAGGGGGACCUGAAGAACGCUGUGCGUAUCCACCAUGCGUUAGCCACCCGCGCUACAGACUACAGCAAAAGACCCAACGUCCUUAAACUAAAGACCUCUGACUGGAGGGUGUUCCUGCUGCAGGCACCGUAAGACCUCUGCUACUCUGGCCUGUAGGGUAGGCCUGUUAAUGGGAACGAGCUUUAUGUCCCCUAAUGCACUAUUGUUAUUUUGUCACGCAAUGAUAACUGACUUUCAUGAUGUACAGAAAUGUGGCGUUAUUAUUAGCAGAAUAUUAUUAGCCUUUAGAUAUUUUGUCGCAACUUGUGGCAUAAUCUCUCUCAUAAUAUAAUAAUAUUCAUGUAUACCAUUUAGCAGACACUUUUAUCCAAAAUGAAUUACAGUCAUGCAUGCAUACAUCUGACGUAGACAGGGUGGUCCUGGGAAUCGAACCCACAAUCCUGACACUAAAAGUGCCAUGUUCUACCAACUGAGCACACACAGACACAUAAAAAUCUAUCUUUCCCCCCUGUCUCUCUCUCUCUCUCUCUGUAGGAGUGAGGAGGAGAUGAUGUCGUGGAUAUUCCGUAUUAACCUGGUAGCAGCUCUGUUCUCUGCCCCGGCCUUUCCUGCUGCCAUCGGCUCCAUGAAGACGUUCUGUAGACCGCUACUGCCCUCCUCCUCUACCCGGCUAAACCAGGUACACACACAUUAACUUGUGUGUGUUCAUGCAAUCACACACAUGCACAAUGCAUGCACACACUCUCUCACACAUAUUCGGUACACACAGCCACAAAUAUAGCAUAGUUUGAUAGGUCCUUACAGUGCACCCUAGAUUGAUUGUGGUAUGUGAUUGGCUGUUACUGCUGCCUGCUGGUUGAUGGGUUGCUGCGAUUGGUGCAGGAGGAGCAGCUGCAGUUUCACGAGGGGAAGCUGAAGCAGAUGAGUAUGGAGGUGGAGGAACACAGGAAGAGCCCGCCCUCGCCUUCUCCCAAGAGCAGAGAGUGGGAGGAGUACCGAAUCAAAGAGCACUACCUCAUAUAUGAGGUAAGAGACACAGCAGUUAGGUAGGUAGGCAGGCAGGCAGAUAGACUUCUGGCCCACAUCAUUUUGCAUAAUGUGUGUAGUUUAUCUCAAAGGAGAAAUGUUGCAUCUCUUUCUCCCUCUCUCUCGCUCUCUCUCUUUCUCUCUCUUUUUUUUUUUUUUUUUAAUUAGGGGGUGGAUCAGCUUUAAUAUUGCAGAUAGAUUGUAGCUUCCAUCAAUGUAAUUGUCUGCAUUAUUUCCAAUCCCCUAUAUAUAUAUAUAUAUAUAUAUAUAUAUAUAUAUACAGUGAGGGAAAAAAGUAUUUAAUCCCCUGCUGAUUUUGUACGUUUGCCCACUGACAAAGAAAUGAUCAGUCUAUAAUUUUAAUGGUAGGUUUAAUUGAACAGUGAGAGACAGAAUAACAACAACAAAAUCCAGAAAAACGCAUGUCAAAAAUGUUAUAAAUUGAUUUGCAUUUUAAUGAGGGAAAUAAGUAUUUGACCCCCUCUCAAUCAGAAAGAUUUCUGGCUCCCAGGUGUCUUUUAUACAGGUAACGAGCUGAGAUUAGGAGCACACUCUUAAAGGGAGUGCUCCUAAUCUCAGCUUGUUACCUGUAUAAAAGACACCUGUCCACAGAAGCAAUCAAUCAAUCAGAUUCCAAACUCUCCACCAUGGCUAAGACCAAAGAGCUCUCCAAGGAUGUCAGGGACAAGAUUGUAGACCUACACAAGGAUGGAAUGGGCUACAAGACCAUCGCCAAGCAGCUUGGUGAGAAGGUGACAACAGUUGAUGCUAUUAUUCGCAAAUGGAAGAAACACAAAAUAACUUUCAAUCUCCCUCGGCCUGGGGCUCCAUGCAAGAUCUCACCUCGUGGAGUUCCAAUGAUCAUGAGAACGGUGAGGAAUCAGCCCAGAACUACACGGGAGGAUCUUGUCAAUUAUCUCAAAGCAGCUGGGACCAUAGUCACCAAGAAAACAAUUGGUAACACACUACGCCGUGAAGGACUGAAAUCCUGCAGCGCCCGCAAGGUCCCCCUGCUCAAGAAAGCACAUAUACAGGCCCGUCUGAAGUUUGCCAAUUAACAUCUGAAUGAUUCAGAGGAGAACUGGAGAAAGUGUUGUGGUCAGAUGAGACCAAAAUUGAGCUCUUUGGCAUCAACUCAACUCGCCGUGUUUGGAGGAGGAGGAAUGCUGCCUAUGACCCCAAGAACACCAUUCCCACCGUCAAACAUGGAGGUGGAAACAUUAUGCUUUGGGGGUGUUUUUCUGCUAAGGGGACAGGACAACUUCACCACAUCAAAGGGACGAUGGACGGGGCCAUGUACCGUCAAAUCUUGGGUGAGAACCUCCUUCCCUCAGCCAGGGCAUUGAAAAUGGGUCGUGGAUGGGUAUUCCAGCAUGACAAUGACCCAAAACACACGGCCAAGGCAACAAAGGAGUGGCUCAAGAAGAAGCACAUUAAGGUCCUGGAGUGGCCUAGCCAGUCUCCAGACCUUAAUCCCAUAGAAAAUCUGUGGAGGGAGCUGAAGGUUCAAGUUGCCAAACGUCAGCCUCGUAACCUUAUUGACUUGGAGAAGAUCUGCAAAGAGGAGUGGAACAAAAUCCCUCCUGAGAUGUGUGCAAACCUGGUGGCCAACUACAAGAAACGUCUGACCUCUGUGAUUGCCAACAAGGGUUUUGCCACCAAGUACUAAGUCAUGUUUUGCAGAGGGGUCAAAUACUUAUUUCCCUCAUUAAAAUGCAAAUCAAUUUAUAACAUUUUUUAUAUGUGUUUUUCUGGAUUUUUUUGUUGUUGUUCUGUCUCUCACUGUUAAAAAAAACCUAUAGACUGACAAUUUCUUUGUCAGUGGGCAAACGUACAAAAUCAGCAGGGGAUCAAAUACUUUUUUCCCUCACUGUAUAUAAAUAGGCCUGUAUAAUUUUGUCUGGCUUGCAGUUCGAAAUGAAAUGGAAUAUUUUUUGCUCAUAUAAUUAAAAAAACAAGUCACUAGGUGUAGGCAAGGCCAUAAGCAAAUAGUUAAACUGGGAUAUAAUUAAAGAGUUAAUCAGGGGGAUUUUUCCACAAAUAGACAGGUAUUUUCAAUGUAUCGUCCAUGUAAAAAACCUUUCUGAUUAGGAUGAAUAGUAUCCGACAAUACCUUUUUUAUUCUUUGGGCUAUGCAUUUUGGCAGAAUUUUUGCAUCACAACACUGAAGUGUAAGGGGCCUCCAAUUUUUUUUAUGGACUGGAUCUUUAUAUUUACCACUUGGGUCCUGUUUCAGUAAUAAUGAAAUCAGACCUUCUUGUUGAGGAUCUGAUAAUCUACCAUUUAACGGUCCUCUAUGCCAUCCAUCCCUGGAGUUUUCCUGGACUUAAAGGCUUUAAUUGCAUCAAUAAGUUCCUCCUCUGUAAUUUGGCCUUCACAUGAAUCUUUCUGUACAGCUGUUAAUUUUAGAUUAUUAAUAGAAAAAUAAUCAAUACAAUUAACUUCGGUUAGUGGAGAUGGAGGAGACUGAAACGAAAACAUAUGCUUAAAUUACUUUGCUUCCUCUUUCAAAAUAUAGUUUGGUGAAUCAGGGGUGAGUCCAUAAUUUGUAAGAAGUUUCAGUAAAUUAUUUUUGGUAGCAUUUCUAUGUUGGCGAUUCAAAAAUAAUUUGGUGCAUUGUUCCCCAUAUUCUGUCCAGUUCGCUUUAUUUUUAUAAUAUAUUACACUUGAUCUUUCUUGAAUAAGUUCCUCCAUUUAUUUUAGUUUUUCCUCUAAUUUAUUCUGUGCCUCUAUGUUACAGUUCUUAUUGCUAUCUAUCUGUUCUGUUAGUCCUUCUAUUUCCUUUGUUAAUAUGAACUAUUUUGACCUAAAAUUGCUUUUGUUUUAAAGAUGAGUAUUGAAUUGCAUGGCCUCUAAAGGCACAUUUAAAAGUGCCCCAUACAAUAAGGGGAUCUGCUGUACCUAUGUUAUAUCGGGAAAAAGUCAGUUAUAAAUUAUUCUGUCCUAGUUAACUUGUUUUUAUCAUCCAAUAGGCUUUGAUUACAUUUCCAAUAUCCUCUCCCACGUGGAAAUUCUGUAAGAGUAAUGUAUAUGCCAAUUAUUUGAUGGUCCGACCGCAUUCUGUCCCCUAUCAACACUUUUUAAACUUUUGGUGCCAGCGAGAAGGACUUAAGAAAGUAGUCAAGACAACUAGCUUGAUUGAGUCUCCGCCAUGUAUAUCUCACUAGGUCAGGAUAUUUAAGCCUCCAUAUAUCCACUAUUUCCAAUAUAUCCAUGAUAUUCGUGAAUGAGGGUGAUAGUUUGUAGUGUGAUUUCCUUUACUGUCCAUUGAUGUAUUUAAAACCGUAUUAUAAUCUCCCACCAUAAUAAUAGAGUCUUGUAUUGCUUGUAGGCUUGAUAAAUUAUGAUAUGUAUUUUCAAAGAAGCGUGGAUCAUCAUUAUUUGGACCAUAUAGAUUAAUGAGCCAAAUCUGUUUAUGGUCCAAUAAAAACAUUUGAAUAAUCCAUCUACCUUGCGGAUCUGUUUGGACAAUUUGCACAUUCGUAACAAUAUUAUUGUUAAUUAAUAUCAUUGCUCGCUUUCUUUCUCUCUCACUCUCUUUCUCUCUCAUUUUCUCUUUCUCUCUCGCUUUCUCUCACUCUCUCUUUCUCUCUCUCUCUCUGUGUAACUGUUUCUCUGUGCAUAGGUCUGUGUAAAUCUCAAAUAGAUGUGCUGUUGUUGUGUUAUAGUUGUGACAGAAUCACGAUAUCAAUGUCCUAUAUUCCCUUUCUCUGUGUUUUUCCCCCAUCAUGAGUUAAUUUGACAUUCAUCCUCUUUCUCUCUGUAGGGGAGCAUUGUGUAAUAGCUAUGUGUUAAAUUAGCCAUAUGUGUGAUAUAUGCAUAUUUAUAGUCACAUCAUCUUCAUUCCCCCUCUCUCUCCAUUGCAGAAGAGUCGGUAUGAGACGUAUAUAAACCUGCUCCAGGCCAAGAUGAGGGCAGAGACAGACGACCUGGAGAAGAUAGAGGCUAGCGUGAUGAGCGGGAUCUGGGAGGGCCUAGGGGGGCGCGAGGGCUACCUCCGGAAGACCCAGUCCUCUCCUUCCAUCAGCCAGCACAGUCUCAAUGGCAAGGCCUCCGGACGCACUGCCCCGGGCCAGCGGAGUUGA